AUGAAAUUAAUAGGAGACUAUAUAAUUCACUUGGACAAAAUAUUAGGUUAAGGUUAAUAUGGUAAAGUAUACGUUGCCUACAAUUAAAACAACUAAGAUUAAAAAUUUGCUGUAAAAGUAAUUGGCCAAAAUAUAUUUAACGGUUCCAAUACAAAUGCAGAAAUGAUUCGCAAAGAAAUAGAAGUAUUAAAAAAAUUAAAGCAUGAAAAUAUAAUAUGUUUACAUGAAAUUUCUUAAUCAACAAAUAAUUUAUAUUUGUUUUUAGAUUUUUGCGAUGGAGGAGAUUUAGCCUCAUAUAUAGAAAAACUUUCAAAUAGAAGAAUAAAUGAGGAAUAAGCUUUAAUAUAUUUUCGAUAAAUAGUUGAAGGUUAUAAAUAUUUAUAUAAAAAUAAAAUUAUUCACAGAGAUUUAAAACCAGAAAAUUUAAUGUUACAUAAUGGAAAAAUUAAAAUUGGAGAUUUUGGUUUUGGAAGAUUUAUUGAUGGAGAAAUGAAUUCAAUUUAAAGAUUUUCUAUAAAAUGUACACCAAUAUUUGCAAGUCCUUAGCUUUUAAAAAAAUAAAAAUAUAGUUCUAAGUGCGAUGUAUGGAGUUCUGGGUGCGUACUUUAUAAAAUGCUCUAUGGAAAUUAUCCUUUUAUAGCAAGAGAUUAUGAUAGUUUAAUAAGAAAUAUAGAAUAAAAAGCUUAAAAAUAAAUUUUUUCAUUUCCUAAUGAACCUUAUGUGAGUGAUUAGACUAAAUAAUUAAUUAUUUAAAUGUUAAAAUUUGAAGAAUAAGAUAGAAUUUCAUGGGAAGAAAUAUUUAGUCAUAAAGUAAUUACAGAAAAUAAUAAUAAUUUAGAAAAUUAUGAUUAAGAAAAAUAAAAAAUUUAAAUGAUAAUAAUAUGUUUAUUAAAAAUUAAGAAAAUAAUGAAAAUAAUUAUAUAAAUACAAAUAAUAUAUAAACAAAAAUUAAAAAAGAAAAUAAUAAAAUAAAAAAUAAUAUUGAUGAUAAUAAUAAUAUUAAUAAUAAUAAUAAUAAUAAUAAUAAUAAUAAUAAUAAUAAUAAUAAUAUUAAUAAUAAUAAUUUUAUAGAAGCAUUUGAUAAUAAAUAUUUAUAAAUAAAUACAGAUAAUAAUUAAUUUGAUAAUAUUAACAAUUACAGGUAAAAUUUAGAUGAUAAUAUUUAUAAAAUUGAUAAGGAUAAUAAUAAUAAUUUUUAAAUAAUUACAGAUAUGGAUAGUAAUUUAUAAUUAAAUCUAGUUAAAAAUUUAAUAAAUAAUUAAAUAGAUAAUAAUAAUAAUAAUAUUAAAUUUAAUUAAGAAAAAUUAAAUUUUAUAAUAAAUACAGAUAACAAUAAUAAUUUUAAUUAGAAUUUAAAUAAAAAUAAUGAUAUAAUGA